GUUUCCACCUAUGCUCAUUCCCCGGUCACGGGUAUGGAUGAUCCCCCUGAUAAUUCCUCUAAAUUUCAUGGUACAGCACGAGAUUUGGUCCAUUCUCGCAAUCGCCCUCCUGAACACCAAUACCAUGCCACUGGCAAACUCCCUAAAUUGUCCUUCUCCACUUUUGAUGGCACUGAUCUCAAACUCUGGAUUACUUGUGCUGAGGAUUAUUUCACUAUGUACUCUGUUCACCCCUCUGUGUGGAUCCAAUGCUCUCGCAUGCAAUUCGUUGGCCCGGCCAAACGGUGGAUCCAGUCUGUGACUGAUGAGCUUAAGAACAUGCAGUGGUCCGAGUUUUGCCAGGCUUUGCACGUUCGUUUUGAUCGAGAUCAGCAUGAAAUUCUUCUUCGCAAAAUGAACCGCAUCCACCAAAUAUCCUCAGUUCAAGACUAUGUAGAUCGUUUCGCUGAGCUUGUAGAUCAGCUUAAAGCCUAUGACUCCACAGCCAAAUCCUUACCCCACAUCACUCGCUUCAUUGAUGGCUUGCAUUCUGAAAUUCGUGUUGUACUUCUUGUUCAACGUCCUUCUUCGCUGGAUACUGCGUAUACGUUGGCUUUGUUGCAGGAAGAGGCAAUGGAGUCUUCAAGACGUCGCGAUUCCAGGCCUUGGAAUCCAAAGGGAGGCUAUUCGCGUGGGGAUCGUUCAGGCGUGGUGGAACCUGACAAGCAUGCUUCUGCCAUGAAGCCCCUAGACAAGAAGUUGGCUGAUCUCAAGGCUUACCAUCGUGCUCGAGGACUCUGUGAUCAUUGUGGAGAAAAGUGGAGCCGUGAUCACAAAUGUGCAGCCAAGGUGGUGUCUCGGGUGGGUUCUGUGGCAUACAAGCUGUUGCUUCCAGCGUCGUCCUCCAUUCAUCCCGUCUUCCAUGUAUCUCAACUCAAGACGGCCCUCCCUGCUGAUUACACGGUGUCGCCACUUCCUCCGGAUCUGGAAGGCCUUCAGAUUCCAGAGAAGGUACUCCAACGUCGCAUCCGCACGUCUGACAACACCGUUGUACCUCAAGUCCUCAUUCAGUGGUCAAAUCUUCCACGUUCACUGGCGUUGUGGGAAGACUUGGACGCACUGAAGCAGCGCUUUCCACGGGCUCCUGCUUGGGGACAAGCAUCAUCUCUUCGGGGGGAGAGUGUUAGCAACGAUGGGGAACCAGGCGUGCCCGAGGAGGAAACCAGUACGACAAGGCCAAGACAAAGCGGUCGAACCAAACGUCCCAAUGUGCUGAUUAGCGGACCAGAGUGGGCGUGAGCCGUAGGCUAGCGCAGCUGCGUCUGCGGGCUCACACCAGGCGCAACGCCUGUAUAAGACCUGAGACUCUCUCAAGGGAGGGAGAUCAAUCAAACACAGAACCGAAUACUUGUAAUAUCCCUAUUGCUACUUGCGUAUCUGGUUUUCCCUCUACUGCUGUUCUUCCUAAA